AACUAAGUGCUCACUGUGACCAAUACUUAAGAGCUAAAUGGCGCGAAAAGAAACAAUAAGUACCUAGUUAACAAUAUUUUGGUUUCAAGAGAAAUAAGUUUAUAAGCAAUAGCUUUGUAGUCUUGCUAGGAAGUUCGUAAACACGGUCAGUCUUUUUCUUUAGUUCGUCUAAGUCAGUCGUUUGCACUCGAAUAUCUUUUAUUUUAAAAAGAUGAGUGAUUUAAAAUAUAUGGUUGUUUUUUUAAUGGGUAUUGUUAGUGUUAUAGCAAGUAUACAGGACGCUUAUGUCAGGCACGGAGUUGUUCCCGAUGUUAUCUAUAGGCCACCCAGAUCUCAACUUUAUGCCAGAUUCCCAUGGGGCAAAGAAGUGAAUUAUGGCAACAAGUUGACCCCGUCGCAAGCCUCGCAGCCGCCCAUCGUGUCUUGGCAGACCAGCAUUGGCACCGGACCGCUAUAUACCAUUGUUAUGCUUGACCCCGACGCGCCGUCCCGUGCCAACCCAACAAAGCGCAACUGGUUGCACUGGUUGGUGGGCAACGUCCCCGGGAAGGACGUGGCCAGGGGCGAGAUCCUGGCCGGGUACAACGGACCGGCGCCCCCGAAGGCGUCCGGGCUGCACCGCUACGUCCUACUUGUCUUCCAGCAGAACGGCCGGCUGAGCUUCAAUGAGAAUUACUUGGACAAUUCACCCAGCCGCGGAGGGUUCAACCUUAACAACUUUGUUGCCAACUACGAACUUGGGGAGCCUAUUGCUGGCAACUUUUUCUUCUCCUAUCACACUGGUUAAAAUAUCACUAAGUAUUUAUACAAUAUGAUACCUAACAAAGAAUAUGUAAACCGUA